AUGGCAAAGAAGAAAAUGAAACUGAGCAGCCAAGGUCCUUAUGUUACACUAGACAAUGGGUUGGUGAAGCUUACAGUUGUGAAACCUCAAGGAUAUAUAACUGGCAUUGCUUAUGGAGGAAUGGACAACCUUCUAGAUCCCAAGUCCAAUGAAUCAAGUAGAGGAUAUUGGGACAUCAACUGGAAUUUGCCAGGAGGCCAAGACAUAUACGAUUUACUGAAAGGAGCUGAAUAUAGUGUUGUCCAAAUGAACAAAGAAUACUUAGAAGUUUCAUUCAAGAACACUUAUGAUCCAUCAUCAGUUGGAGGCACUAAUUUGCCUCUCAGCGUAGAUAUAAGGUACAUAGUAAGGGCUGGUGUUUCAGGCUUCUACUGCUAUGGAAUCUAUGAGCGGCCAUCUGGCUGUCCUGCUUUCGAUAUAGCUCAGACAAGACUGGUGUUUAAGCUGAGAAAAGACAAGUUUCAUUACAUGGCAAUAACAGAUGAGAAACAAAGGGUAAUGCCUAUGCCUGAGGAUCUGCUUCCAGAUAGAGGCAAGCAACUAAUUGUACCAGAGUCAGUUUUGCUAGUAAAUCCCAUAAAUCCAGAUCUCAAAGGGGAGGUUGACGAUAAGUACAUGUAUUCGAUGGACAACAAAGACAGUGGAGUCCAUGGAUGGAUAGGUUCUGGCCCCAUUAUCGGAUUUUGGACCAUCUUUCCGAGCCAGGAAUUCAGAAAUGGAGGACCUACAAAACAAAACCUCACAGUUCACACUGGUCCAACUUGCCUUGCAAUGUUUCAAGGAACACAUUAUCUUGGGUUAGAUAUGGUAGCUCAAUUCGAAGAGGGGGAGACAUGGAAGAAGGUUUUUGGACCCGUCUUUAUACACCUUAACUCAAUACCAGAUGCAACAAAAGCCCACAAGUUAUGGACAGAUGCAAAGAAACAGAGGCUGUUUGAAGAGACACUGUGGCCUUAUGAUUUUGUCUCAUCACCCGACUAUGUUGCUGCCAAAGACCGCGGUUCAGUUUCUGGGAGAUUGUUAGUACAGGACAGGUAUGUUUCCGGUUCUCUCAUUCCUGCUAAAAAUGCAUAUAUUGGUCUCUCGGUUGCAACUACUGCAGGAUCAUGGCAACUAGAAAGCAAGGGCUAUCAGUUUUGGGUACAAACAGAUUCAAAUGGAAACUUUACUAUCAAGAAUGUGAUCCCUGGAGUAUAUGGACUUCAUGGCUGGGUUCCUGGUUUCAUGGGUGACUACCUUAACAAUGACCAGAUCACUAUCUCUGAAGGAAAACAAACAGAACUUGGAAAUCUGACCUAUGUUCCCCCGAGAGACGGACCAACAUUAUGGGAGAUUGGCUUCCCUGAUCGAACAGCCAUAGGCGAAUUUGUUCCUGAUGUGAACCCAAUGUAUGUCAACAAGUUGUUCAUCAACAGCCCCGAAAAGUAUAGACAAUAUGGCUUAUGGGACAGAUACACUGAUAUACACCCUGAACUCGACCAAAUCUACACUAUAGGAAUCAGUAAUACCAAAACAGACUGGUUCUUUGCUCAUGUGGACAGAGGGCCAGGAAAUAAGUAUGUACCAACAACAUGGACAAUCAAGUUCAAUCUCAAUUCAGUAACUACUGGCACUUACCAGCUGAGACUGUCCAUUGCUUCAGCAACCCGCUCAGACCUUGAGGUCCAUGUUAACCAUAUGGAUACAGGGCACCUGGUGUUUCAAGAGUUGAACUUAGGAACAGAUAACACAGUUUGUCGACACGGAGUCCAUGGAUUCUAUUGUCUUUUCAGCGCCAACUUUCCCUCAACAUUGCUGGUGAAGGGAGAUAACUCCAUUUUUCUCACACAGGCGAGGGGUGGCGAUUCACUUUGUGGAGUUCUCUAUGAUUAUCUAAGACUAGAAGCUCCUGCAACUGCAGAGAGCCCUAACAGCUUAUACCCACCUAUUGAGUAUGUUCAUAAUACAGGUUGA